AUUAAAUCAAUAAAAACUAAAUUUUGAAUAAUAAAAGAUUUAAAUAGAAUUAAAAAAAUUCCAGAAUAGUAAUAAUAUGUUUGACUAAGAUUUUCAUAAACCAAUCUAACAUAAAAUCCCAAAAUUUUAUAACUUAUAUAGAACUUGUCAACCAAUAACCUCUUUAGUUCGAAAAAAUCACUUUAAAUUUUUAGUUUCAUUUUUUUUAUCCAAACAAAUUUAUUUGAAGGGUUUUCGCAUUAAAAUCUUACUUAAUAAGUGGAAAAUUGUUCAAAAAAAAGAAAAAGAAGAACAUUCCUCUCAGUUCUUCUUCUUCUUAUCUUUCUCAAGCUAACGAAACCAAUUGUUACAGUUGACAAAUAAAUUUCUCUCUCUACCAAUUAAAGCUUCUCUCUUUCCUCUCUCCAUUAGACCCGCUCCGUGCCCAAAUCUUCUCUUCCCCUUCUCAUUACGGUUACUGAUCCAUUCAACAACAAACCCACAUCACCUGCGUCCCUUCUCUCUCUCUCUCUACACGAUGACCUCGAAGAACAACGGCUUGUCAGCGGCGCUCGUCUCGAAUCUCCAGGACGUGCUUUCCAAGAGAAAAGGAGUCGUGACCGAUGGAUCGGCGGAGGAGCCUCCUUCUACUUCCGAUGCUGCGGCCAAGGAGGAGGAGAAGGAGAGUGAUGAUGACUCAAAACCCAUUGUUUUAGUUACAAAUGGAGAUGGGAUUGAUUCGCCUGGGCUCGUCUCUCUCGUUGAGGCUUUGGUUCGUGAAGGGCUCUACAAUGUCCAUGUCUGUGCUCCUCAAACGGAUAAGUCGGCUUCUUCUCACUCUAUGACUCCUGGAGAAACCAUUUCUGCAAGUUCAGUUAACAUCAAAGGUGCCACAGCCUUUGAAGUUUCAGGGACUCCUGUGGAUUGCAUCUCAUUAGGAUUAUCCGGAGCCCUUUUCGCUUGGUCAAAACCAAUACUGGUUAGCAUUUUUUUUAUUCAUCCCAUCAUACAUUUUUUAUUUGGUAUCUUUUUCCUUACUUGUUUACUUCAGGUAAUUAGUGGAAUCAAUCAGGGAUCUAACUGUGGUCAUCAAAUAUUCUAUUCCGGUGCAGUAGCUGCAGCUAGGGAAGCCUUGAUUUCUGGAGUACCCUCUUUGUCAAUAUCAUUGAAUUGGAAGAAGGACGAAAGCCAAGAAAGUGACUUUAAGGAUGCUGUUGGUGUCUGUUUACCUUUGAUUAACGCAACAAUCAGAGACAUUGAGAAAGGAGUUUUCCCUAAAGACUGCUCUCUCAACAUAGAAAUUCCAACAUCACCCUCAUCAAACAAGGGUUUUAAGGUAACAAAACAAAGCGUGUGGAGGAAGAGUCCUAGCUGGCAAGCUGUUUCAGCUAACCGUCACCCCGGUGCUGGGAAUUUCAUGUCCAACCAGCAAAGCCUAGGAGCUCAACUUGCCCAGCUUGGUAGAGAUGCUUCAGCUGCUGGAGCUGCUCGCCGUUUCACCACGCAGAAGAAGAGUAUUGUGGAGAUUGAAUCAGUUGGUGUUGCGGGUAAAACUGAGAGCCGUGUUAAGAAAUACUUCCGCCUAGAGUUUGUGGCCAAAGAAGAAGAACAUACGGAUGACGAUUUGGAUAUCAAGGCUCUAGAAGAUUGUUUUGUUUCUGUGACUCCACUGUCUCUACUUCCAAAUAUAGAUCCAGAAACUCAAGCCGUUGCAUCAGAAUGGAUCUACAAAUACCUUAACGCUGAUCAAUGAAAAAGGGUGAUGUGGCCAAAACACAGCCAACACAUCUGGUAACUCGAUUCUGCAUAUGUUUGUUCGUGUGGUCUUGUUGUCAAUUUAGCCCUUUUGUUUAUUUUAUUUAUUCGAUCGCCAUAGAAGCCUCGUGGGGUGUUUUUGUUGGCUUGUUUGUUUGUUUGUUUUGUCAGUAGCUGUUUGGGAACGCUUACUUUUGUAAUUGGCAAAAAGGGUUGGUUUGGUUUUAAUGUGAAAUGGUGGCUAUAGAUUUAACCUUA